CAACAUAAACCGACCAACUUUAAACUUUGUUAUUGCGAAACUUUGUUUAUUACUACUCUAUGCAAAAUUUUUACCUCUUCAUAAAGGUGGAAUGGUGAAUGUAAAUUAUUUCGUUUGUUAGUUAUCACGAGGUCAGUUGGUGAUAUUGUCAACCAAGGGACCAAGUUAUUUUCCAAAUAAAAAUGUUAGGUUAAAAAAUACAAAAGUAUAAGCACAAAUAAAUAAAUAAUCUUAUCAGCAAUGAGGUGAUAAAAUCCAACGCGGCUUCAGUUGUGUAAUCAAAAUAUCCCUAUGUGGAAUUGUCUGUGAUCGUCAAUAUGAGAAGAAAUUUAAAAACUUUAUUAAAAUAUAUUUUAUUAUCAUCCGUGACUGUAGUGUUUACUGUAUUAAUUUAUAGGAUAUUUAAAACUAGAACUUAUCGUAUAGACAGUCGUGUUUAUUUUGGUAUUAAUAAUGGUAUUGAACCAGUGGCUCCUGAGGCAAUAGUUUUGGUAGACAACGAAAAGAUUGACUGGCAUGAUUAUGAACGAAUAAAAAGAGAUGCUUCAAGAACAGGUAGGGGAGAACAGGGCAAAGCGGCUUAUUUGGAUAAUUCUGAGACUGCACAAUAUGACGCUUUGUACAAAGUUAACGGAUUCAACGCUCUUCUUAGCGAUAAGAUUGCACUAGAUAGAGCCGUACCUGAUAUUAGACAUGUAGGAUGUAAAUCUAAGAAAUAUCUCAAGAACCUUCCCACCGUUAGUGUUAUUGUACCAUUUCAUAACGAACAUUGGACAACAUUGUUAAGGACAGCUGUAAGUGUAAUUAAUAGAUCGCCGCCUCAUCUUUUGAAGGAAAUUAUUCUAGUCGACGAUUUUAGUUCAAAACCUUUCACGAAAAAACCUUUGGACGAUUAUUUGGCAGCAAAUUUAACAAAAGUGAGAACGAUACAUUUGCCCGAAAGAAGUGGACUAAUCAGAGCAAGAUUAGCAGGUGCCCGUGAAGCCACAGCUGAUGUAUUAAUUUUUUUGGAUUCUCAUACAGAAGCCAAUGUUAACUGGUUACCUCCACUAUUAGGUAUAUUUCUCGAACAUAAAUACCAUAUCCAUAUACUGAUAUUAUUAGCCUCUUCUUCUCCUAAUAUAAAGAAAUAUUCUUCAGAACCAAUUGCUCAAGAUUACAAGACUUGCGUAUGUCCCUUUAUCGACGUGAUAGCUUAUGAAACAUUCGAAUACAGAGCUCAAGAUGAAGGUGCCAGAGGUGCAUUCGAUUGGGAAUUUUUUUAUAAAAGAUUACCUCUUCUUCCUGAAGACCUCAAACGACCUACUGAGCCUUUUAAGAGCCCAGUAAUGGCUGGAGGGCUGUUUGCCAUAAGUAGAAAAUUCUUUUGGGAAUUGGGCGGAUACGAUGAAGGUUUGGAUAUUUGGGGUGGUGAACAAUAUGAACUUAGUUUCAAAAUUUGGCAAUGUGGUGGACAAAUGUAUGAUGCUCCUUGUUCAAGAGUUGGUCAUAUUUAUAGAAAGUUCGCUCCUUUUCCGAAUCCAGGUAAAGGUGAUUUUGUUGGAAGGAAUUACAGAAGAGUAGCAGAGGUGUGGAUGGACGAAUAUGCCGAAUACCUUUAUAAGAGACGACCGCAUUAUAAAAAUAUCGAUCCAGGCGAUCUAACCGCACAACGUGCUAUUCGAAAAAAUUUGCAAUGUAAAUCAUUCAAAUGGUUUAUGGAAACUAUAGCUUUCGAUUUGCCUCUGAGAUAUCCCCCAAUAGAACCCGACGAUUUUGGAUAUGGAGAGAUACGUAAUGUUGGUGUUCCCGAACUUUGCGUCGAUUCUUCUAAGAAACAAAAAAACGAUGUGGUAGGUGUAGCUGCUUGUGUAAAAGGUACUGCUCGUGCUGGUAGUCAGAGUUUCACUUUAACUUGGCACAAAGAUUUGAGAAUAACAAAACGAACUGAUUGUUUAGAUGUAUCGGACCCCAAUGAUAAGGCUGAAAUAACACUAUACAGUUGUCAUGGUAUGAAAGGUAAUCAAUAUUGGAAAUAUGAUGUGGAGAAACAGUGGUUCAUACACGGAGGUAAUCCGAGAUGUUUGGAUAUUGAUCCUGGUAAAUUGAAAUUGUACGUAACAACUUGUGACGAAAAUUCCAUUACACAAAAAUGGCGAUUCGAAAACGUCAACCUAACGAUGAUUGCGGAUUGGGAUAAUAUAGGCGUAAAACAAUGAAAAAAAUUAUUAAAAAGUAAUUCGUUAAAUUCAGGUUUGUUAUGUUGAGGUUAGGUUAUCUAAAAUUUGUUAUAAGGAUGUGAAAAAAUAGUUUCAUUCGCCUCAACAUCACGUACUGUCUUUUUUAUCAAAUGACUGUAUGUAUUUUCUAAUUAAAAAUAAUUCGAUGAGUGACUAGAUUCCAGGUUUUUUGCGAUCAUCCACUUUGCUUUUAAAUCAUCUGACAAAACAUUUUGAAUGUUUGAAUAAAAUCUUGGUCUGGUGGUUGUAGUUUCUAAGUUGUGUUUGGAGACAAAAACUUCAUUUCUAUAUUUUUGAGGCAGGGAAUUUCUCCAUGACCAUGAGAAUUUUUUUUUAUUUUCAAAUGAAUUGCAAGAUCAUCACUAGUCAUCCCAGCUUUACGGUUGGACGUGUUGUAUGUUGGCAGAUUAUUGACAUUUUUAGAACAACGGUUUUUUAAAAUAUCCGAUAAUGACUGGUUUAUGAUUGUAAGUCAAACUAUAAUUUGUUCUCAGCAAUACUGUAGAGCGAAGUUUGCUGUAUUUUCCAUCAUUAAAUUUAUCGCAUUUGAAUGAUAAGUUUUUGUCAGGUAAACAUUUAUAGAAAAUCGAGUUUCAUAGGUUUUAAAGAUGUCUUCUGGAUCGUAUCCAGCCGUCAGCUUUCACCACCAGUAUCACUUUUACCUCAAAAAUUUCGAAAACAAUCUCGUUUCAUUUUUUGACAUUUUUAAGCCAUCUGUUGCUAAAACGGAACUUUGCAUGCCGAUUCUACUGCAAAUUGCUAACGAAGAAUAGGGCCUCCGAUGAUGACUUUUUUUUCUCGACAUUAUUUCGACCAUUUAAACCCAUAUUUCUCUACGUAUUUGAACUCGCACGAUUUUAAUAUUUUACUGUUUACAGGUACUUUCCAUUAAACAACAAUUAUUGUUUUUUACAUUGCUUCAUUUUUAUACACUCGUUCCAUUACCUACAAGCAAUUUUCCUCUUCUUCAAUAAACACUUGCUUGACAGAAAAAUUUACCGCAUAUUCAUAAUUUUCUUUUUUGUCUUAAAAUUUUUCUGACUCUUCAAAGAGUGUGGCAUCUAAGGCACCAGGUUUUACUGGAUCUCUCUUACCAGUUUUGCUUCGUGGCAUGACGAUAUCUGCAAAAAAACAACAAAAAACCUAACCUCCUAUACCACGGUAUGCUUUCCAAGAUACAUGAGGUAAUUUGGUUUCAAGGUACAAAAGGAUUCAUUUUUCCAAUCAAUUAAUUCUAUAGUUUAGAAGUUAUGUUCGAAAUAAGUAACAACACUGCGUAAUUACUUACCAAUAGUCGCAAGAUGUAACUAAAAACACCACUUAGCCACAAUCAUUUGCGGUUAGCGAAAAAUAUUUAUUUUAAUGACGUAAAAACAAUUUUUUCGUAUUAUUGCUACAAAGCGCAGCCGAUUCACUGCAGACUAGAAUACAGCUAUGAAGAGAUAGACUUGCCACUUAAGAUCAUUUCUGGUAGAUGGAGACACUGGUUUUAAAUUAAAUUAGUUUCAAGGGACACUAUGUCCAAGGUACAAUUGUCUCCCCUAUAUAGUACAUAUUUCUUUAAAAAAUCAGUUGGCUAUAAUCUUCUGGCUUAUUGUUGAAUAAAAUGGUUCUUAUUUAGAAAACCAACCAAACUAACAUAUUAAAUAUAAUGGAAUUAAACAUUUUAACAUGUUGAAACAAUAUGUUUUUAAAAAGUGGAAAGAUAUCCUAUGAGACUAUUGCAGGAAGAUGCCAACUCGUAGCUUGGUUUAGGAAACUACCAAUUUUUUGGCAAAAAAAAAUGCAAUAGCUAAGAUAAAUGAAACCUAGUAGAACAGCUCACACCUGAGAGGCAAGCAAUUUGAGGAGCUGUAAAAUAGCUUUAGUUAUUAUAUAUGUUGAAGUAUACAUUCCCGAAAAAAUCUUGCCAAUGAGGUCUGGUUUUGAUUGGCCUUUGUACUUAAUUUAAUUAGUAUUAUUGUUUGUUUUACAAAUAUGUAAUUAUUGUUUUUUAUAAUCAAAAAGGUUUUAUGAGAAAUUUAAUAGUAACAACAAAAAUUGAUGUAUUCACACCAUAGAUAAAAGACUCUCUAAAAUAAUUGUGAUUUGGUAAAACACAGUAACUAGUUAAAUACAAAUCUACAGAUGUAUUUAUCACGCCUGAUGCAAUUAUUCGAAUUUCAAACGGGUUUAUUGUGUAUUGCAAUUUAUUCCUGGAGUUCACUAUACUUUGAGUAUUUUCGUUGAUUUUACUUGUUAUAGUAUUCCAAAGUAUAGGUGCCUUUUCUCUUUACAAAAUUUGCAGUUAUGAUACGUUUUAAUAAAGAAUAUAUUGUUAACCAAAAUACAAUUAUAGUAUAAAAAUGUUAUUAUUUAUCGAUUAGUUGUUGCUAUUUUGUUAAUAAUCACCAAAUCUUAAAAUAAUCUUUGAAUUGCUACUUUUAGUGUUCAAAUUUGCAGUUUUUUUAAUCAAUAUGUGUCCUAAAAAGUGAAUGAAUCCUUAGGAACUAUAGAUAGCAAAAUAAUGUAAAUACAUAAUUAUAACGGAUAGAUUGUACAGGAGAACGUGCAAAUAUGUAAGACUAUUUUGUUUGGUACAUAAAAAUUUUUUUUGUUAGCAAAUGGAAUUUAGACAAAUUUAAGGAAAAGGUACUUUAGGCAAUUAUACAACAAAAUGUAAAAGCAAAUAUGUAAUUAUUGUAAAUAAUUUUGCAAAAAACAAGUUGGAAAAAAAACUACAAAAUUCCCACUUUAGAAAAGGAGAGGACAGUAUAGAAUACCUUAUAUAUUUACAUAUUAUUUGCACCAGUCACAAAUAUAUUUGUCAUCUCCUCCACAUUUAUUACGAGCACAUCAAACAUUGGACCCAUAGUUCUCCUCUAUUAUCAGCAUUAUCGCAAAAUAUGCUUGAGCAUCGUCCUCAUUCGGUUUCAGUUGUUUGAAACACCAGGAGUAAAACCACAAAUUGUCAUACAUUUUUCUACAUGGCGAUAGCAAAGUCCAGCUCUCGGCGUUGUAUCUGUUAGGGUAAUAAUUGUCCAGAGAAAUUUGUUUAAGACUUUGCUAUUCAAGAUUAUUAAACACCUUAACUCAGUAAUAAUUCAGUACGUCAAAGUCAAACAGGAUCAUGAUGUUGUGUUUAUAAAAUUGGAAUUGAAAUUUUACUAAUCACACAAAUACUGUUUAUGAAGAAUUUAAGAACCAUAAAUCCCCCGAUUCUACAUCGGUAAAUAACCGGUAAUAGAGAACCUCUCUUUUACAUUACAACCAACUUCUGAACAGUAAAGAUAGGGUAAAAUUCAGAAAGGGUACGGUAUUUAACAGUGGUGAAAAAUAAAUUUGAUUUGAUUUUUAUUUAUCGCUAAAAAAACCAACAUUUUCUCACAUGAUUCUUAAAUUAUGUUUUGAUUGAUUUGAAUACUUUCAUUUUCAAAAUUCAAAUUAGAUAUAUGGUAAAAACACUCCUGUUUCAUUUGCAGUUUUAUUCGACACUUUUUGGGACACUCUGUAUACCUAGUAAUAAUUGUAAAUAUUUAGAACUACCAAAUUCAUUAAAACUACCAAUCAACUUGAGACAUGUUCUAAAUUGUAUAUCACUGUGAUACAAAUAGUAAAUUUAUUUUGCUGCCUUAUCUAGGCUAAAAUUGUGAAAAUUUUAUAAUUUUGGAAGUAAAAUUUCUUAAUUUUAUUGUCUCGUAAUUUACCAACGGAUUAACUAUCUAUCUAUCCUACUACCGUUUCGUAGUUGGUUCAAGCUAUCGUAGAUUUGAUGUUAGCCUGCUGA